GAAUUACUUAAAGUUUCCUUUGAAUUUAUUAUUAUACCUGUUUUGGUGAAGGGAUUCAUUAUGAUAUCGUAUCACCCAAAGAUUCCCAAGACCUGUGCUUAUUUAUUUAAGGACUGAAAGAUUGGUUUGUCUGUUCAUUCUUUUUCGCUAGUCUUUUCCAGAGCUGUAAAAUUGAAUAAAUUAGAGCAGGAAUGAUGGUGUGUCUCUUUCUGUGUUUGUUCUAAGACUAAAGAAUUGUUUGGUUCUUCAUUACUGUAUUCUUAUUCUCUUGCCAUUACCUUGAUAUCAUUAGUUCUUCUGCCUAAAUCAUAAUCCAAGAUGGGAGUGAAAAGAAUUAAUGAAGAAAACUGCAUUUUUUCUAUUUUGCAAUCAUUGGUUGUUUUUAAAAUUAAAGAAAAUGGCGUGUACUCCCUUCCCUUAGCUUACUUAUUACUAUGACUUUAAUCUAAAUGUUAGGGCCAGAAAGAGAACAAAAGAAUUGAAGUAAAGGGAAGGGUAAAUGAAUAGACGAGAGAAGCAAUAUGAGGAUUAGCUAUCAAACUGUACGUGUUUAAUUAUAAAGUGGAGUCUUUGAUGGGUAUGCAUGGAAGGGUGAGAAAUCUGAAGUAGCAGAGACGUAUCAUGAACUGUGCAGGUGCAGGGUGAUGAUGAUGAAAGGUCAAAACGAGAAAUUGACAUCGAUCGAUGGCUUCCGAUUAGUUCAUCCAGAAACGCAAAAUGGUGGUACAGUGCAUUCCACAAUGUCACAGCUAUGGUGGGAGCUGGUGUUCUCAGCCUUCCUUAUGCCAUGUCGCACCUAGGAUGGGGACCGGGUGUGGCUGUGUUGAUCAUAUCAUGGGCAGUGACUCUAUACACUUUAUGGCAGAUGGUUGAGAUGCAUGAAAUGAUACCUGGGAAGCGCUUUGAUAGAUACCAUGAGUUAGGACAGCAAGCCUUUGGAGAAAAGCUUGGGCUUUGGAUUGUAGUGCCCCAACAGGUAGUGGUUGAAGUCGGAGUGGACAUUGUCUACAUGGUGACAGGGGGGAAAUCACUCAAGAAAGUGCAUGACUUGGUCUGUAAAGACUGCAAAGAUAUGAAGCUCACUUACUUCGUUAUGAUUUUUGCCUCUGCUCACUUCGUGCUUGCCCACCUCCCCAACUUCAACUCCAUUUCGGGUGUGUCUUUAGCUGCAGCCAUCAUGUCACUGAGUUACUCUACUAUUGCCUGGGGGACUGCCGUCAGCAAAGGCGUGCAACCAGAUGUCAGUUAUGGCUCUGUAGCUACUACCGCAUCAGGGUCAGUUUUCAGCUUCUUCGGUGCCUUGGGAGAUGUGGCAUUUGCAUAUGCAGGCCACAAUGUCGUGCUGGAGAUUCAGGCCACCAUCCCUUCGACCCCCGGGAAGCCUUCCAAGGGUCCUAUGUGGAGGGGAGUUCUAGUAGCGUACCUAGUUGUUGCUAUUUGCUACUUCCCGGUUGCUCUUAUAGGGUAUUGGAUGUUUGGAAAUGCAGUGGAGGACAAUAUUCUCAUCUCCCUCGAGAAACCUACUUGGCUCAUAGCAGUGGCUAAUAUGUUUGUCGUGGUGCAUGUGAUUGGUAGCUAUCAGAUAUAUGCAAUGCCAAUUUUUGACAUGGUAGAGACAUUCCUUGUCAAGAAACUAAUGUUUCGGCCGAGUUGGUACCUGCGCUUCAUUGUUAGGAACACUUAUGUGGCACUCACCAUGUUCAUUGCUAUUUGCAUCCCUUUCUUUGGAGGGCUUCUUGGAUUCUUUGGAGGAUUUGCUUUCGCCCCAACAACAUACUUUCUCCCUUGCAUCAUGUGGCUUAUUAUCUACAGACCAAAGAAGUUCAGUCUCUCUUGGUUCAUCAACUGGAUUUGCAUUAUACUUGGAGUAGCUUUAAUGAUUUUGGCGCCUAUUGGAGCACUAAGAGCUAUAGUGUUGGAGGCCAAGAGCUACAAGUUCUUCUCUUAAACUGAAUGAAUUGUGUUCGAAAGGAUUUAGACGGUUAAAAAAGAACUCGAUUGGCUGUCCCAGCAAGUGUUUCCUGAAUUCCUACAUUAUUAGUUUCUUAAGAAAUGCAUAUGUGCUCAACCCCAGCAUUAGUGCAUUUUGGUUGCAUUAAUCAAAUCAGAUGAUAAGUAGACGUUCUCAAUAGCUAGC